AAAUGUCGCAGUAUCUUGCUGUGGGUGCAAUCAUUGAAGAAAUUAAUCUAAUCACUGUCUUGCUGAAAUGAAAUCGGAAUUAAAUAAGUUAUAAAGUAAAAGGAAUCUAAAUUAAGUAUGGUUGUUGUUUGCGCUUAAUAAUAUUAAAUUAUUCAAUAAUGUCCAAAGAUAUAAGAUCAUUUUUUAAGCCAAAAAACUCACAGAAAGCAAAAGUGGAAGAAGAUGAUGAUGAUAUUAUACCAGAAUCCCCAGAUGUACAGAUUAGGAAUAAGAAAAAGGAAUCCAGGAAAAAAAGAGUUCUCUGUGAUUCUGAUGAAGAGGAGAUAUUUGAUUCAAAGAAAAAGAAGUCUAGUAAAGAUUCUAUGAAGUCUGGAACAAAAAAUAAAUCACCUCAUAACAAUCUUAAAGAAGUCAAAGCCGCUGAUCUAUUUGGUAGCGGUCCAAUAAAAAGAACAGAACCUUUGGUAAAGAAAGAAAAGAAAAAAACAGAAACUGGUAUUCAUUCUGAUGAUGAUUUUGAAAAAAGUCUCUUAGAACUAGAUGCCGUUGAAGAACUGGCAUGUAAUUCAAUUGAGAAACAACCUCCUGUGAAUGUGAAAAGUCCUAAUAGCAAAGAGAAAGAUGUUCUGACAAAAAAAGACACUCCAAGUAAAAAAAGUAAAGUGAGUCCUAAACUAAAGGAGGACAUUAAAUCUAAAACGGAUGAUUUUAGUUCAAAAUCACACACAAAUAAAUCAAAAGUUAAUGAAAAUAAAAGAAAGUUUGCUGAAUUUAUUGAAGAGAAAAUUGAUAGCAACUUAGUUAAAGCUAAUGAGGAGAAUACCAGUAAGAAAAAGAAGCUAGAUGAUAAUAUUAAAGAUAAAAAUAAUGGAAUUAUUAAUAUUGUGAAAAAGGAAGCAGACCUUGAUGAUAGUAAUGCAAUUGAUAAUAGUUUGAAUGAAAGCAUACAUGAAAACAAGAAAAAGAAGAGAUCUAACAAAUCCUUGAAUGAAUCAACCUUGACAGAUGAGGAGAGACAUGAGAGAAAAUCUUAUUCUGCUGCAUUAUAUCAGAAAUAUUUAAAUAGGUCUGGUCCUAAACAUUUAGGUGCUAAGGAGAUACCUAAGGGCUCACCUGAUUGCCUAAAGGAUUGUGCAUUCCUCCUGACUGGUGUUUUGGAUUCUUUUGAAAGGGAAGAGAUCACAGAAGCAAUUGUCAAAUAUGGUGGCUGUAUCAAAAAUGCUAUAAGUAAAAAGGUUACACAUGUGCUAGCAGGUGAAGAUGCAGGUCCUGCUAAAAUGUCUAAAGCCCAAGAAUUGGGCAUUAAAAUUAUCAAUGAGAAUGAGUUCCUUCAAAUAAUUAGAGAUUCAGUAAAUAAAAAGACAAAUGCCACCGAAAACAUCACCAAAGAGGUUAAAAUUGAAAAAACACCAAGUAAAAAAGAUAAAUCGAAAGGUCUUCAUAACACAGAUAAAUCUGAUAAUAAGAUAUUAAAAGGGAAAAAUAUAUCUGGAAUAAAAGUUGAGAAAUCAAGUAGUGAUAUACCAAAUAAAAAAUCUGAUAAAGUAAAACAGACUAAAUCGAAUCAUGAACAGAACAUCAAAUCAAAAAGCCCAUACGAAAUCAAGAAUGAGACAAAUCCAAAAAGUGAUAAUAUUGAAGAUGUGAAAUCAAAGGAAGAUAUUAAAACAAAUAAUAUUAAUAAUGGUACAAAGUCAGAAUCAUGUGAAAGUAUAGAACCGGCUACAUCCACUCUAAUGUGGGUAGAUAAAUACAAGCCUCAAACUUUGAAACAAAUCAUUGGACAACAUGGUGAAGCAAGCAACGUCAAAAAACUAUGUAAUUGGCUCACUAAGUGGUACAUAAACAGGAAGGCGAAACUGCCUAAACCUAGUCCAUGGGCGAAGAAUGAUGAUGGGGGUUAUUAUAAAGCAGCUCUGUUGUCUGGACCACCUGGAGUGGGUAAGACAACGACCGUAUCCCUUGUUUGCAAAGAGCUGGGUUUCGACAUGGUGGAGUUCAAUGCUUCGGACACCCGCAGCAAGACCCUCAUCAAGGAGCAGAUCAGCGAACUACUCACCACCACUUCGCUCUCAGGAUUCGCUAAGGGUGUAACUGGAAAACAAGCUGUGACAAAGAAACAUGUUUUAGUCAUGGACGAAGUUGACGGAAUGGCUGGGAAUGAGGAUAGAGGCGGUCUCCAAGAGUUGAUAGGUCUGAUAAAGGCCACGUCGGUACCUAUAAUCUGUAUGUGCAACGACCGGAACAGCCAGAAGAUGCGCUCGCUCGUAAACUACUGCUACGAUCUGCGCUUCAGCAAACCCAGGGUCGACCAGAUUAAGUCCGCAAUGAUGUCGAUAUGCUUCAAAGAAGGAGUGAAGGUUCCUCCGGAACUACUCAACCAGCUGAUAGUAGCUGCCAAUCAGGAUAUACGCCAGACUAUGCACCUGCUGGCCGUGUGGGCUGCACACCCAUCCCAAACGUCGUCAGGCGCACAGAAGCAGCACACUGUGAAAGACGUCAGACUGGGUCCCUGGGAGGUGGUCCGCAAGGUGUUCUCCGAGGAGGAACACAAGUCGAUGAGCCUCAACGACCGCAGCGACCUGUUCUUCUACGACUACAGCCUGGCACCUCUCUUCGUACAAGAGAACUACUUGCAGGUCACGCCGCAUUGCCCCAAAAAGGAAAUAUUGGAUCGCGUGAGCCGAGCGGCGGACUGCAUCAGCCUCGGCGACCUGGUGGAUGCCAGGAUCCGAACCAACCAGUCCUGGGGUCUACUACCCACUCAGGCUAUGUACUCGUCAGUGAUGGUCGGUCAAGAGAUGCGCGGGCACGUGGCGGGGCAGAUCCAGUUCCCGGGCUGGCUGGGGAGGAACUCGCGCGCCACCAAGACGCGCCGCCUGUGCCAGCAGAUCCACGCGCACACCAGGCUCAGUACUUCCGGUUCUAAAUCAUCAAUAUUCCUGGACUACUGCACGCAUCUUCGCGACGCCAUAGUCAACCCAUUGAUCAAAGAUCGCGGCGACGGCAUCGCCAAGUCUCUGGAAGUGAUGGAAGCCUACCACUUACUGAGGGAAGACUUGGACUCUCUCACUGAACUGUCUCUAUGGCCCGGACAAAGGAACCCUAUGCUGUUGAUCGAUUCCAAGGUGAAAGCCGCCAUGACGCGUACGUACAACAAGUCCGCUACAGCGUUACCAUAUGCGCCCGGAAACAUUAAGAAAGGUCGGGCUAAAGAAGACAACGAACUCGGCGAGUUCAACGAAAUCGACGACCUUGACGAGGAUCAAGCAGACGAGGACGCAGACGACAGCGACCCGGAGAACGAUGCGCUUAUCAAGAAGAAGAAAACCGAAAAGCCAAGUUCCAGUAAGGAGAAGUCCAAUUCUAAAGAGAAACCGAGUACGAGCAAAGAAAAGGCUGGUACCAGUAAAGAAAAGAAGAAGAAAAAGUGAUAUUCACAACUUUUAAUGUGUCAAACCGAAACCAGCGAUUAAGUUAGUGAUAUUUUAGGCUG